AUGCAUUUGGAUAAGUACCUCCUGGUUUUGUCCGCUGUCAUCAUUUGUGUGUCUUCUUCACGCUUCCUUGACCAAGAAUGGAAUGCCUGGAAAGGCACAUAUGGAAAGAAUUAUCCAACUUUAUAUGAUGAAACAUUUCGGAGGCAGGCCUGGGAGGCAACAUGGCAUAAGGUGCAGAACCACAAUCAAAAGUAUGAUCAAGGCCUGGUAAAAUACAGCAUGGAGAUGAAUCAUUUUGCAGAUAUGACAACAGAGGAGCGGAGCACCCGAAGCUGUAUUUCUAAUAAAAAAAUAAGCAGCUUGAAGUCAGAUAUUCCUUUGAAGACUUAUUCAGAAAACGGAGAUCUGCCAUCAACGGUUGACUGGAGAGACUCAAAAUGUGUUACCCGAGUAAAAAAUCAAGGAUUAUGUGGAUCCUGCUGGGCAUUUGCUACGGUGGGUAUGCUUGAGACCCAAAACUGUCUGAAAUCAGGAGAGCUUGUUGAACUAAGUGAGCAGCAGUUUGUGGACUGUGACUCAUCAAAUGAAGGUUGCUGUGGAGGAAUUCCAGCCAAGGCCUUGGACUAUAUUACACAUCAUGGUCUCAUGAGGGCUAAAGACUAUGAAUAUCGUGAAAAGCAAUCCGCCUGCAUGUUAAAAGAUGACAAUGCAAUCCAAUUUAACGUGAGCAAAUUCUAUACUCUGCUUGAAGAAAAAAACAUGGCUUCAUCUUUGGCACUAGAUGGCCCUAUCUCAGUUGGAAUUGAUGCAAGUGAAGAUUUUAUGCUAUACAAAACCGGUAUUUUUACUGGAAGCUGUACUGAAACUCCAUCUCAUGCAGUCAUUAUAGUAGGAUAUGGCACAGAAUAUGAUGAAAAGUCGGGUGAGGACUUAGACUACUGGAUAAUAAAAAACAGCUGGGCAGAAGUUUGGGGAGAAAAAGGUUAUGGAAAGAUACAGCGCAAUGUUAACAUGUGUGGUAUCGUAUCGACUCAAUGGCGACCUCAGUGGACUUUGUCU